GGUGACCCUGAGGGUGUGCCCGGUGUGGGUGUGUCUCUGAUUGUGGCCAGGCGGGGCAUCCUUGGUGGAGAGGAAACGAUCCUGGGGCAGAGUCCAGGGCAGCUGAAGGCUCCUCCACACACGCCUGCUGAACCCUGAGCGCCCUGAGCUGCCGGCAUGGGGCGGGCCGAGGCCGCCGCCAUGAUCCUAGGCCUGGCCCUUCUCUGGGCAGCAGGGCUGGGGGAUGCCGCCCCUAACCUUCCUCGCCUUCGGCUCUCCUUUCAAGAAUUACAGGCCCGGCAUGGUGUCCGGACCUUCAGGCUGGAGCGGACCUGCUGUUAUGAAGCCUUGCUAGUGGACGAGGAGCGUGGACGCCUGUUUGUCGGCGCUGAGAACCAUGUGGCUUCCCUCAGCCUGGACAACAUCAGCAAGCGAGCCAAAAAGCUGGCCUGGCCGGCCCCUGUGGAAUGGCGAGAAGAGUGCAACUGGGCAGGGAAGGACAUUGGUACGGAGUGCAUGAACUUUGUGAAGCUGCUGCAUGUCUAUAACCACACCCACCUGCUGGCCUGUGGCACCGGGGCCUUCCACCCAACCUGUGCAUUUGUGGAGGUGGGACACCGGCUGGAGGAACCCGUGCUUCGGCUGGACCUGAGGAAGCUUGAAGAUGGCAAGGGGAAGAGUCCUUAUGACCCGAGGCAUCGGGCUGCCUCCGUGCUGGUGGGGGAAGAGCUGUAUUCAGGGGUGGCGGCGGACCUCAUGGGCCGUGACUUUACCAUCUUUCGAAGCCUGGGCCCGAAUCCGAGUCUCCGAACAGAGCCCCAUGAUUCCCGCUGGCUCAAUGAACCCAAGUUUGUCAAGGUCUUUUGGAUCCCAGAGAGCGAGAACCCCGAUGACGAUAAAAUCUAUUUCUUCUUCCGUGAGUCUGCAGUGGAAGCAGCACCAGCAACGGGACGCAUGACCGUGUCCCGUGUUGGUCAGAUCUGCCGGAAUGACCUGGGUGGCCAGCGCAGCUUGGUCAACAAAUGGACCACUUUCCUCAAGGCGAGGCUUGUGUGCUCAGUCCCUGGAGUUGAGGGUGACACCUAUUUUGAUCAACUUCAGGAUGUGUUCCUUUUGUCCUCCCGGGACCGGCAGGCAUCGCUUCUCUAUGCUGUCUUCUCCACCUCCAGUGGCAUCUUCCAGGGCUCUGCUGUGUGCGUGUACAGCAUGAAUGACGUGCGCCGAGCCUUCUUGGGACCUUUUGCUCACAAGGAGGGGCCUACACAUCAGUGGGUGUCCUACCAGGGUCGCGUCCCCUACCCACGGCCUGGCAUGUGCCCCAGCAAGACCUUUGGUACCUUCAGUUCCACCAAGGACUUCCCAGAUGAUGUUAUCCAGUUUGCCCGGAACCACCCUCUCAUGUACAACUCAGUCCUGCCCAUGGGGGGGCGUCCUCUCUUCCUACAAGUGGGAGCUGGGUACACCUUCACCCAAAUCGCUGCAGACCGAGUAGCAGCUGCUGAUGGACACUACGAUGUUCUCUUCAUUGGUACAGAUGUGGGCACAGUGCUAAAGGUGAUCUCAGUCCCCAAGGGUAGCCGGCCUAACUCUGAAGGCCUUCUCCUGGAAGAGCUGCAGGUGUUUGAGGACUCGGCCACAGUCACCAGCAUGCAAAUCUCCUCGAAGAGGAACCAGCUCUACAUAGCAUCACCCAGCGCCGUGGCCCAGAUUGCAUUGCACCGCUGCUCGGCCCUAGGCCGCGCCUGUGCAGAAUGCUGCCUGGCGCGUGACCCUUACUGCGCCUGGGAUGGGUCAGCCUGCACACGCUUCCAGCCUACUGCCAAGAGGAGGUUCCGGAGGCAGGAUAUAAGGAAUGGUGACCCCAGCACCCAGUGCCCUGGGGACUCCCCUCACUCUGCGCUGCUGGAGAGGAAAGUCUUAGGUGUGGAGAGUGGGAGCGCCUUUCUGGAGUGUGAGCCCCGCUCACUCCAGGCGCAAGUGGAAUGGACCUUCCAACGUGCGGGGGAGGCCGCUCACACCCAGGUGCUGGCCGAGGACCGCGUUGAGCGCACAGCGCGGGGGCUGCUGCUGCAUGGUCUGCGGCGCCAGGACUCGGGCGUGUAUCUGUGCGUGGCAGUGGAACAAGGCUUUUCCCAGCCGCUGCGUCGCCUGGUGCUGCACGUGCUGAGCGCGGUACCCGCUGAACGACUGGCACGGGCCGAGGAGGCGGUAGCUCCCGCGCCCUCGGGUCCUAAGCUCUGGUACCGGGACUUUCUGCAGCUGGUGGAACCAGGCGGCGGUGGAGGCGCCUCCUCUCUGCGAAUGUGCCGCCCGCAGCCCGGGCCCCACCCUGCGCCUGCGGAAUCACGGCGGAAGGGGCGCAACAGGCGGACGCAUGUCUCUGAGCUGCGUGCUGAGCGUGGACCACGCAGCGCGGAACACUGGUGACCGGCUGGUCCCCACACCGGGGACCGACCGGGAUGGAUAUGACACUCAGAGGAGGGGUCCGACAGAUGCCAGGAAGACAGAUGAGCUGUGGCUGGGGCACACUGAGGUCCUUGGGCCAACGGAGACACCUAACCCCUGCAUAGGCCCUGGCCAAAGGGUCGCUUAUUUAUUAACAAGAUAACUUGUGAAUGUAGCCCCAAAAGAGGGGUCCAGGCUCAAUUCAGGAUCUAGCCUGGAGGGAGUGGACAGAGAAGUAGGGUUCCAGAGCAGACCAGGGCCAGAGAGCUGUCUUGGGUGCCCGUCCUGGGGGAAGCAAUCUCUUUCUUGGGCAGUGAACAGAAAGCUGUGAACAGAUCAGACUGUUGGGUAUGGGGCAUGUGGCAGGCCAACUGUACUAAAGUAAUGCAAUAAACACUUCAUCAGCUGACGUUGGAACCGCCCAAGCAGAUAACAGGCAGUCCUAGACCUCGCUGGGGGUCUCGGGCAUUGUCCCAGUAGUCUCGAGGCUUGGGUUUUUCUCAUCCAAGGUUGCUGCAGUGAAGAUGAAAAGUGCGGUUA